CACGUACCGUCAAAAUCAUUGUCGACCAUGGCGGAAUGCGUUCGACUUGACAGUAGCACAAGUAGUCAUACCAUGGAUAAAAGCAUUACUCUACCGCCCGACGAAAUAUUCCGCAAUUUGGAAAACGCAAAGCGUUUCGCAAUAGACAUAGGUGGAUCUCUCACAAAGCUUGCCUACUACUCAACUGUACAACACAAAGUGGCCAAAGUACGAUCUUUCGACCACGCUACAAAGGAGGCUACCAGUGACAAGCUCUAUGAAAUAUCAGUGCAGGAAGAGGUCACUGCGCGCCUGCACUUCAUCAAGUUUGAAAAUGCUUACAUUGAAACAUGCUUGGACUUCAUCAAAGACCAUUUGGUCAACACGGAAACCAAAGUUAUCAAAGCUACAGGUGGUGGGGCACACAAGUUCAAAGAACUCAUUGAGAGGAAACUUGGACUCAAAGUGGACAAAGAGGACGAGAUGACAUGCCUCAUCAAGGGCUGCAACUUUGUGCUGAGGAACAUACCCCAUGAGGCUUUCGUGUAUGCCAAGCAUGCUGACUCAGAGUUCCGCUUUCAGACGACUCAACCAGACAUCUUCCCUUACCUGCUCGUAAACAUCGGCUCUGGGGUGUCCAUAGUCAAGGUUGAAUCAGAGGACAAAUUUGAGCGAAUAGGAGGAAGCUCAAUAGGUGGAGGGACGUUCUGGGGCCUUGGAGCCUUGCUCACCAAGACAAAGAGAUUUGACGAGUUACUACAAUUGGCUUCAAAAGGGCAGCACACAAGUGUCGAUAUGCUUGUCAAAGAUAUCUAUGGAGGAUCUUACGGGUCUUUGGGCUUGACUGGCGAUCUUAUUGCGAGCAGUUUUGGAAAGUCUGCUACUGCUGACAAAGAGUUCUCUAAAGAAGACAUGGCCAAGAGCUUGCUCCACAUGAUCAGCAACGACAUCGGGCAGCUGGCCUGUCUGUAUGCCAAGCUGCACAACCUGUCCAGAGUGUACUUUGGAGGUUUUUUCAUUAGAGGACAUCCUGUCACCAUGCACACAAUCACCUACAGCAUCAACUUCUUCACCAAGGGUGAAGUUCAGGCCUUGUUCCUGAGACAUGAAGGCUAUCUCGGAGCCAUUGGAGCAUUUCUUAAAGGAGCAGAGGAGGACAAUCCAAACCAGUACAGUUGGGGUGAGAAUUAUGCAGGAAGCUCAGGCCUAAUGAGUGUUUCUCCAGAUAUGAAUCCCAUGCAACGUGCUCGUAGUGGAACGUUUGACAUGUUGGAGAUGGACCGUCUGGAGAGGAAGCUGGUGAAUCUGCCUCUGCUGCAGGACCCUUCAUCUUAUAUCCCUGACACUAUGGACCUCACAGAGGACGCUCUGGCCCGUGAAUACUGGCUCUACUGCUUUGAAGAGGCCCUAGACGGGGUGGUUAAGAGAGCCGUAGCGAGCCAGCCUGACAUGCCCGAGGCAGGCGAGCGAGCCGAGAAGUUCCGUCAGAAAUACAGACACAAGCUCCAGACCCUCCGCCAGCAGCCUUUUGCUUAUGGAUCCCUCACUGUCAGAAGUCUGUUAGACACGAGGGAACACUGUUUAAACGAGUUCAACUUUCCUGAUCCCUACUCUAAGAUUAAACAGAAGGAGAAUGACAUGGCUCUCAAGUACUACCAGAAGGCGGUGAAGUCCCUGGAAGAGUUGAGCUGGGAGGAGAGACAGUUUGCCCUGGUCAGGGGUGUCCUGGCUGGGAAUGUGUUCGACUGGGGAGCCAAGGCCGUGUCAGAUGUCCUUGAAUCUGAUCCUGAGUUUGGGUUUGAGGAGGCUAAACGACAGUUGGAAGAGCGGCCAUGGCUUGUUGAUUCCUAUGACCAGUGGCUUGAGAGACUGAAGGGUCCUCCUCACAAGUGUGCCUUAUUUUUCGUAGAUAAUAGUGGAGUAGACAUCAUCCUAGGGGUGAUGCCUUUUGUCAGAGAGCUUCUCUCUAGAGGGACAGAGGUUGUGUUGGCCAGCAACUCUGCUCCAGCUUUGAAUGACGUAACAAAUGGUGAACUGCAAAUAUUGACAGAAAGCAUUGCUGCUAUGGAUCCAGUGAUUCAGGCUGGUCUGAGGGAGGACAGGCUGACGUUGGUCCAGAGUGGUUCCAGUUCACCCUGCCUGGAUCUGAGCCGUCUGGACAAAGUGCUGGCGAUGGUGGUGCGGGAGCGACAAACCGACCUGGUGAUCAUCGAGGGAAUGGGCCGAGCCAUUCACACCAACUACUAUGCCAUGCUCAGCUGCGAGAGCCUCAAAAUGGCCGUCAUCAAGAACUCGUGGCUGGCCGACCGCCUGGGAGGAAAGCUGUUCAGCGUGGUCUUCAAGUACGAGGUACCGGCUGGAAAACCCAUCCAGCACUCUGCAGCUCUGACGCCCUCAUGAGGUUCGACAGAGCUCGAAUUUGAGCAGGACAGAACGCAGAAGUCGAGCGACCACAAUGUACUGGCUCUGAAUGUACAGAUGAUGAUCGUAUACUGCUACUGGGUGAAUGACUGAUGCAAAGCUGGCUGUAAAAUUUGGGCGAAAAUUUAAAGGUGAUCAUUAACAGGGAGGAUUUAUAUUUGAUUUUAAAACGUUUUUAGUUCUGGUUUCAUGAACAUGAUUUACACUGCUUUCUUUGCAGGUUUCUGUGCAUCCUGUACAAUCACUUACUUUGCUUCCAUCAUUACUGCCUGUUGAUCACAUUCAGCAUCUGGAGUUUGUUUUCAUGUGAAGUCAUCACUGCCUGUGUUAAGUAAAUGUACACAGACUGUUUUGACAGAUGAGAUCUUAAGCUUGUUGAAAUGAAUGAAAAACAAAAGUUUAGUUAAAAAAAAUUGCAUCAGUCAUUGACAUGCUGCCAACACACAACUGAGCACCCAUAUGGGCAUAGGGUUGGUGUGUGUUUGUGUGUUAGAGAAAGCAGCAGCAGCAGUAAUUACAGCUUUGAGCGGUAACACUACAACGGUACAUAAAGUGCAUUUGAUGUGCCUACAUUACCACACACUGCUCUUGUUUCCCAGCAAUCUCACGCCAUGGAGUAGGAAGAGUCUGUGGAUCUCCUGUUUUUUUUCUUUUGUUAUUACUGCCAGUGAAUGAAUUGAGAUUAGGAAAUGAAUCAUUGUCACUGUCACAUGUGUAGCUGUUAAAAGUGGCAUCAGGGAAAACGUUUGAUUAAUGGGAGAAGCAGCACUUUAUCACAAGAAGAGAUUUGGUCGUGUUCCUCCACAAGGUGGCAGUAUUCUACUGUGACGUAAGUUUUUAUGAUUUCUCUAAUCAAGGUGCUCGGUGUCAAAAUUAACACUGCAUAUUUCUGUAAAAAUAUUCUAACAGUCUUUCAUCCGAGCAUCAUGUGGAACGCUUUGUCACCGAGCUGGCCGUGACACAAGUACAUGGAUUCACUCUAAUUAACUGGCAUGUAUUUAAAAGUACAAACUGUAAUCCAUCCCUAAAUCAAAAAUGCAAUUGUUUGAAGGCAAUAAUCCUGCAGCACCUAGUUGUAACAAACAUCAAACACUGUGAUUGUGAAGUGGCUGAUUGUGUAAUGGUGACAUCAUCUUAAAUAUCUGAAUUCAAGGCACGGUCUGAUUUGAAAAGCCUUGCCUUGGUGUGACAGUGUUUCACAAAGUUACAGUUGCUUGACAUGUGGACUUGCAAUAUUGUAACUUCAUUUGUACAUAUAUGUGAUAUACAAUUUUUUGUUUGUGUGUGUAUACAUAUAUAUAUAAUUCAUUUGCAUCACUUCAGUUAAACACACCAAGCACAACUUUGUGUAUUAUUCUACUGACAAUCAAUUUUAAAUAAAUGGUGAAAACCUUUAUUUUA